ACCUGGCCAGCCUAGCAAAAGCAAGAGGAGCCUUUUGGAUUCAUGGAAAGAUCUUGAUGGCUUCCUAUCAGCCAAAUCUUCCAUGAUCUGCUCUGUCUUUCCCUGUUGAAUGCAGUCUUUCCCUCCUGGGGAAGAUAAACGUUCCACAACAUGCAGGGGACUUUUAAUUUAUACUUUCAAUUGUUACUUGCAGGGUUUGAUGGGUGUUCGUGCCACCGCCCGGAGCCCCAGGAAGGAAGAGGUGAUGCCAGUUCUCAUUUCAGUGAGAAAUGAGAAGAUAGCGAAGUGGAGGCCGCGGCUCUCAACCAUCUGGGAGACCUGCACUGAGUCGGAUCCUUCGGAAGAAUACCGACCAAGAGAGGUGCAGGAGGAAAGCAGUGCCUGCCUAUCAAGAGAGGAAAAGGAAGAGCACUGGAGGCCGCGACUCCCCCCCAGAUCAGAGACCUGCAGAGAAUCGGACGAAGAAGACCAGCCGGCGGAGGAGCAGCUCUCUCCUACUGGGGAGAAGACGCAUACUUCGGAGGAUUCGAUGGAAGUCCUGGUGGGCUCCCGGAACAACAGCCUGGAGGAUUUUGACUCCAUUUCUGCCCUCUUGGAUGAGGAGUCUGAGGGAAGUUGGGAGCAGGCUGCAGAGGCUUCGGAGGCCAGCCUUUCGUCCAGUCCGUGGGUAAGACAGACAAAGUGUUUUCUCUUGGGGAGGGAUAGAGUCCCUCUAUUCAGUUCUCCUAAUCUGAGUGAACUGUGCUGGAGAGCUCUGGGCAGUGGAUAAAGGUGACACCUGGCCCUUGGGACAAGGUACUUAGGCUAACUAGAAGAACCCAAGCUGUGUUGCGAUUGAUUUACUGCAAACCAGAAGGGAAGGGCCAAUUCAGUGGACUGGGGUCCUAAAUAGAUAUGGCCCACCCUGUUUAUCCCUUUCAUUUUUCUGCAUCAUCCUCUCCAGCAACCAGCUGUUUCCAGGCAGGGCUUUAACGGGCAGAGUGGGUGGGAGUGGGGAUUGCAACAGAAGCAUUGUUUCUGAUGGGAAUCCCAAAUCAAUCGGGCCCCUUUUAGAAAUUCUGAGUCUACUUUCAUUGAUGGAUAAAAAGUCAUCAUUGUCAUUCACAGGAUUCUCCCGAAGAAGGGGAAGCCUC